UUUAGGGGGAGGGGGGACGCGAGUACAUAUCGUGCUGCAAUUAGUUCAUUGAAAACUCAGUCGCUCGCGGAGCGGUCAGGCAGAGACUCCUCUCGGCUUUUUUCCCUCCUGCCUAAGGAUCUCCUACGGAGAGCUGCAACAAUGCCCAAAAGAAAGGCUGCAGGUGAUGCGAGCCAGGAGCCAAAGAGAAGAUCAGCCCGACUGUCUGCUAUGCCUGUGCCCUUUACACCGGAGUUGAAACCUAAAAGAGCAUCAACUUCAAGGAAAACGAAGACCACAAAUGUCAUGGAAGAAAACAAAGAUGCAGUUACCACAACAGUUCUUGAAACCAAGCCAGAAGAUGUUAAAGAAGAAUGCAACAUGGAAAACACUGAAAAUGGAGAAGCCAAAAUUAUUGAGUCAUCUAUUCCUAAAAUGGAAGUUGAGGAAGUAAAAGCACAGAUAAAUGAAGACAUUGAAGAAGAUGGAGGAGAAAAGAAAGAAGCAGUGGCAGCAGAAGGCAAAGAUGAUGAGCUAGAAGCAAACAUUCAAGAUGUGGAGAAAGAUGAAGAUGGAAAACAACAGGAAGAUACAGGUGAGGCAGUGGAAGACAGAAAGAGGGAAGAAGAAGGCCUAAAAGAGAAACCAGGUGCAGCUGAAAGUGAAGAUGCAAAGGAGGCCAAAGAUGAUGAAGAGAAAGGAGACAAUGAAAAAGAAGGAGAAAAUAUCAAAGAAGAAGACGAUGGGAAGAAGGAAGAAGAGAAAGAUGACAAAGAGUGUGAAGCUGAAACAGAGGAAGAAGUAAAAGAACAGAAAGAGGAAACAGAGGAGGAAGAUGGGAAAUGCAAAGAGGAGGAAACCAAGGAAGAUGGAAAGGAAGAUCUGCAUGAGGAAGAUGGAAAGGAAGGUCAGCAUGAGGAAGAUGGAAAGGAAGAUCUGCAUGAGGAAGAUGGAAAGGAAGAUCAGCAUGAGGAAGAUGGAAAGGAAGAUCUGCAUGAGGAAGAUGGAAAGGAAGGUCAGCAUGAGGAAGAUGGAAAGGAAGAUCUGCAUGAGGAAGAUGGAAAGGAAGAUCUGCAUGAGGAAGAUGGAAAGGAAGAUCUGUAUGAAGAAGAGGGAAAGGAGAAGGAUGAUGGAAAAGAGGAUAGAAAGGAGGAAGAAGAGCAAGAGGUUGCUUCAGGUGAAGGGAAUAAUGAAAACAAGGUGGAAGCAGAAGACGAAGCUGAAAACAAAGACUUCAAACAAGAUGGGGAGAAAGAGGAGCCUCUGAGUAUUGUCUAAAACUGCCCUCUGUGAGAUCAUAAUUUGGUAACACGUACCUUCCUGUUGUAAUGUUAAUAGAGAUAAAUAUUUUUAUCAGAUAUUUUAUAAACAGUGCUUUUCUUUAGCAUCAUUCAAUCUUGGAUCAUCAUCAUCAUCAUCAUCAUCAUCAUCCAGGUUAUUAGUUGCAAAAAUGCCUAACAUGACACAUUUAUACAUUUUGUGAUUAUAGUAGUGCAAAAUAUAAAAUGUAUACUUGCAACUUUGUGAAUUUCAUUGUGUGUAAGUUAUGUAUUAAAUCUUUGAGUUUCAAUUUUAUUCUUAUACGUGGUAAUUUUGCAGAGUAGGAGAAUUCCAAAAGAAAGAGUUUGGCACAACUUUGCUGUAGUUCUCUCGGUUGCUUUUAUAAAGAAGGUCAACUAUUUUCAGGUAAUGCUAAGAGUUAGAAUUGUCAUUACCAAAUACAACUGUAUUAGUAGCUUGGAAAGAAUAUAAAAUUUUAAUUUCAUUUUUGAAGAAAUUUGAAUGUCUAUUUCAGGAGGGCAGUUUUGAUUAUAUGUGUAUGCACAAAGUUUUGCUGGAUUUAUCAUAAUAAAAAGAGUUCCACACAAA